AUGGAAUACCGAUAUUUACUUGGUGAUUCACUUAAUGUUAAUAAUAUAGUAAUAAAUAAAAAUCAAACAUUAUUAGCAUUAAAUAUUAGUACAGAAGUUGUAAUAUUUUCAAUGAAAACUGGAAUGUGGAUUUCAAGAUAUGAUCCUUUUCAUACUUCUGAUGCGAUUGAUAUUAGUGAUAGUUUUGGCAACUCUCAAAAUAUUAUUAUAACUAAAUCAAACAAAAAAAUUUCUGUUAUUGAAAAUAAUAUUUGGAUUACGGAUGGAUUGAAUAAAAAUAUAUUUCAACAAAUGUUAAACAUUACCUAUCAUAAUAACAUUUAUACUUUGCCAAUUUUCAAAACUAUACAAGAUAUGCUUAAAGAUAUCAAUAAUAAUAAGAAUAAUGAUAAAUUUCCAGAAAAUCAUAUGGUUCAAUUAGGUGGGGAACUAUUUCAAUUUAUUAUUGAAAGAAAAACUUCUAAUUUAGUUAAACUUAUUGGAAUUAAAAAUUCUCAAAAUAAUGAUAAAUUGGAAAAAAAUCAGAAUAAUUAUUCUUUAAUUUAUUUUAAAUAUGAUGACAUAUAUUCAUAUAGAUUAUUGAAUAAUCAGGAUUUGGCAUUAAUUACUAAACAAGGAAUCUUUAUUUAUACAGUUGAAGAUUCAUUAAAACUUCGAUAUUUUGGAAUAAUAAAUAUUGGAGUUCACGUGAUUAUCAAAAAAUAUAAAGAUGAAGAAUAUAAGGCAUUAAUUUUAUAUAUUAUAAAUGAUCCAAUUGAAUUUUUAAAAUUUGGAUCAGAAAUAUUAAAAGUAGUAAUUAAUGAAAAAAACGAUUUUAUUAUUCAUAUUAUUCAAUUAAUCUUUGAUAAAAUUAUUGAAUUAAUUAAAAAGAAUUCAGCAGAUUACAGUUACAUGGCACUUAUUAGUUUAUAUUUACCUAAAUUAUGUGAUCAUUAUUCUCAUUUAGUAACAAAAUAUAUUAUAUAUACAUCUAUUCCUAUUUGUUUAUCUAUCAAAAAUUCAACAAAUACUUCCCUUCAUGCAUAUUCAAAUAAUAUUUCUAUUGAAAAAUCCAUUCCAUCAAAUAAUAGUUAUAUUAAAAGGUUAAUAUCAUUUUAUAAAAGUUUAACUCAUCAUUUAAAAAUUAAGGAAGAAAUUAUUAGUUUUAUUAUUCCUUUUCCUCAAAUUUGUAAAUAUCAAGAUAAUAAUUAUAAUAAUUGGAAUGAAAUUUUAUAUAAACCAAAACCUAUUCUUUUUUAUAAUAUAGAUACCAAUAAUUUUUAUAAAUGGUGGAAUUUUGCUGCUAUUAUAGAUUUUAAAUGGAAAAUUUUUGAAAAAAUUUAUUAUUUAAUUUGGUUAAUUUAUACUAUUUUUUUUCUUUGUUUUGCAUUAGCUUCUACAUUAGAACAAGAUAAUAAUAAUAUACUUUUUAUAAUUUCAAUUUUACUUGGUUUUAUACAUUUAACUUUUGAGAUUAGACAAUGUUUAUGGAAUCCAAAAUUUUAUUUUACUGAUUUAUGGAACUUAUUUGAUGUAGGGGCGUAUUUUUUAUCUAUUAUAACAUCAAUAUAUUGGCUUAUCUAUGGAAAACCACCACUUUGGAUUAUAGCAUUUUCUAAUUUAUUACUAAAUAUUAAAUUUUUAUUAUUUUUUCGAGUAUUUGAAUCAUUUGGAAUUUAUUUUGUUUUAAUGAUUGGGGUUGCUAAAAAGGUCUUUCCAUUUUUAAUAGUCUUAUUUCUUAUUAUAUCUGGAUUUGCUCAUGCAUUUUUCAUUCUUUUAAAACCAAAUAAAAAUGAUGACGAUAAUUCUAUUAAUCCGGAUGGAACUACAUUAAUUCAAUCUCCUAAUUCAAAUACAAAUAUGUUUAGUUUAUUUCCAACUUCACUUUUAGCUAUGUAUUUACUUCUUAUAGGUAACUCUGAUUCUUUAUCACCAUGGACUUCUCAUCAAACUCCUCCUUCGAUGGCAUUUUUUUUAGUCUUAUUUACAUUUUUUACGGUAAUUUACCUUAUGAAUUUGUUUAUUGGAUUGCUUAAUGUGGCGAUCGAAAAUUAUGAUAAGAAUGAAGAAUUUUUACUUCAAAAGGCAAAGAUUAUUAUGGAAAUUGAAUUAUUUUACAUGUUGCCUUAUCAAAGAUGUAAUAAAAAAUGGUUUCCAGAUUGGAUUCAUUAUGAUAUACCUGUUAAUAAGGUUUAUAAAUUAAUUAAUGCAAUUGAUAAUAAUCGAACUGAAUUUAAUUCACCUCCAUUUAUUAGUAAUCGAUUAAGAAAUUUAUUAAAAAUUCCAGAACCAAUUAAUGAAAAUAAAUCAUUUGAAGAACUUAAGCAACAAAUGAGAGAUGAAUUUAAACAACAAAUAAAAGAUAUGCAAGAAUUAUUAAAUAGUUUUAUUAAAAAUUCGAAUACUUAUCAUGUUAAUACCAAAUAA